UGAAAGGCGGAAGAGUAUCUGAAUGAAGUUAAAGUUGUAUAUCAAAACGCUCCGUGAGCCCUUCGUGAGGAUUCCUGAUAUUGUCGGUCUUAAUUAUAAGCAGUAUAAUUAUUCCUGCAGUCAGCAUGGUUCAUGUGUUCGUGUACGGCACACUAAAGAAAGGCCAGUCAAACCACCAUGAACUGAUGAACACUACACACGGUCAAGCUGAUUUCAUCACCUGUGCCCGAACCAAAGAUCCAUACCCAAUGGUGAUCGCCACCGAAGACAAAUACCCCUUCCUGCUGAAUGUGCCCGGCUCUGGACAGCAAGUCUACGGUGAGAUCUACAAGGUUGACCAGAAGAUGCUGGAGUUCCUGGACUGGUUUAAUAAAUGUCCUGAGCUCUACCAGCGCACCCUCAUCCAGCUGAAGAUUCUGAAGGGGAAUGGAGAAUAUGAGAAGGCUUUUGUUUACAGCACCUCUACAUUUGAUCCUGACUGGCUCAACAAACCCACAUUCAAUGUUUAUGAUGCCACCGGUGAUCCUGGACACAAUUGUGUGCCUUGAGAAGACAGGAGAGAUGAUUAACUUCUGGAUCUGUAUCAUGAAGCCACCAGAUUAGCUCGUCAGCCAGUUAAAUUUUUAUUUAGUUUAGUGCACCAAUCCUGGGUUUUAGGUAGGGAUGUCAUCAUCAGGGUUUUUCUGCCCUUGAGUCAGUGUCAUUUGAUUUUGAGUAUCUACUGAUACCUGAUCCGAUACUUCUAAAAUACAUAAGAAAUAAAGAAGAGCGAGGAAACAGAUCAGUGCGUACACACCGAAAGUGGCCGCCCUGGCAACAACGCUGUCUGCCUUCAGCUCCGGCGGCGGCGAGAGCGUCAAAAUUCACUACAUUGAUCUCGUAUUUAAAGGGGCCAUAUCAGUUACAUUCCUGCAUAAAACACGCUUUCUAGCGUGUUGCGCACUUUUUAAAUUCAUUUAACAAUGGAAGAUCACGUUGCACGUGGUGUAGCUUUGCUCCACUUAAUUAUCCAAUAUGUGUCCAUAUGUCUGAAAUAUUCUGAAGCAGCAAUAAUGUUUUGUACUGUCGCAUGAGAUUCCCGCUUUUUUAAAGAUCAGAAUCAGAAUCAGAAAGAGCUUUAUUGCCAGGUAUGUUCACACAUACUAGGAAUUUGUUUUCGUGACAGAGCUUCUACAGUGCAACAACAUUACAGAGACAGGACAAAAAACAGAUAAUAAGUAUAUUUAAAAAAAUAGAAGUAGUGAGUGCAAAUAUACAGAUUGACAAGUGUAUGUAUAUGUAGUGUAUGUUUAUUACUAUAUACAACGUUAUAUGUGCAGCUGUUAUGUGCAAAUUGGCAUGUAAAGUGUGUUAAAUAAGUGUAUACAUGUAUAAAAGUGUAUAGCAAGUAGUGAUGUUGGUUCCACAAUUAUUAUCAUCAAGUGUUCAUGAGAUGGAUUGCCUGAGGGAAGAAACUGUUUCUGUGUCGGGCUGUUCUGGUGCGCAGUGCUCUGUAGCGUCGACCAGAAGGUAACAGUUCAAAGAGGCAGUGUGCUGGGUGUGAGGGGUCCAGAGUGAACCUAUAUAUAACAUUUAUUUUAUAUAGUAUAUACAUAUAUAUAAUAUAAACAUAUAUUUAUAUGAUAAAUAUAUAACGUUACAACAUUAAAGCACAUCAGAAACUUAUUUAAUGCAUGUUCCUGUAAGAAAACAUUGUAAAUAAUUAAAAAUCCGACUAACUCUUGGGAACAACUGUGGUCGGAACCAAAGUUCACAGGUCUGUGUUCUCUGAACUCCUCUCAAGCGGUGGACUUCUUCAUUCUGAUUGCUUGCCGCGUCAUAGCUCAUUACUAUAAAGUUGACUUGAUUUCAACUCUCCUCGACGCCCACACCGGCGAAGACGCGCCGCUGCUCUUCACCGCUUAUCGCCGCCGGCUCUCAUUGAAAAUGAAUGACUUCCGGCUACUUUGACGCUCUCGCCGCUUUCGGUGUUAACAUACGGUUGUGUGGUUCAGUGUAACAGUCAUUUUAGCGGUCGUUAUUGGUAUCUCAUACUCAAACUAAACAGGUGUGUGUGUGUGUGUGUGUGUGUGUGUGUGCGUUUAAGCUUCUGGUUUGUCUGGUCUGGUCUGUUGGUUGUGUGAAUGUGAAACACUCAUUUAACCAGGAUUUCACAUCAGCUAACACCAUUUACCUCUUGUUGAGGGACACAAAAUAAACCACAUGGUCUCAUAUCAUAUCAUACAUCAUCAUAUGUAUUUUGCAAAUAAUCAAUGAAAAAAGGAGGACAACCUUCAGAAAUCACAGAUUUUUUGAGUUAC